AUGUCUUCCGACGAUGUUCCACCCGCACCACAACACAAACCCUCUUCCACAAGCUUCGCGGAUGUUUUCAAGACGCUAGGCGUUGGUCGCCCAAAAUCACAUUCUCCAGUAUCCUUCCAGGAAAGCAGCAGUGACUCUUUGUCUCACACAACUGAAAGCCGGGGAUCGCACCGCCACAUUCUCGGAAUCGACCCAAUGCACCGCGCAAGUAUCGUCUCAAGCUCUUCGGACACCCCGAGUGGUGGCCCGGACUUUGAGGCUGCGGUGCGGAAUCUGUCACAGAAACAGAGCUUGUCUCAAGCCAUUGAAGAAGCAGAGAAUGUAUCGAAAUCCCUUCCGUGGUUCAGUCCCGAGCAGUCCAUAGUUCUCUGGGAGGCAGCUGAACAUCUCCUACAUCAUGAAGACUCCAUGGAUGCUCAAAGGAGCGGGGCCAAAUUACUGCAGGCGAUAUCCGCCAGGCAGGAUCUAACACCAACUGCUAGGCGAAUCAUUUUCGAGGCAAUCUCUUGCCCAACGGAACCAGAAGUGAUUCCUUCACGAGUGCAGUCAUUGAUCUCCUUAUCGGACCACGGAAGGAAGCUUGAGUUUGCCAAUACUCCCAUUCUUCAUAUCGUUUCAUCAUGGAUCAACUCGCUCUAUGGGCUUAUUGCAUCAGCUCGGGCGAAAGCGAAAAAAGGAAAGGGCGUCAAAAUAAAUGUACUCGACCACGACGAAGCCAUCCUUGCGGAUCUUUUUCAAUUUGCAAUCGACUUGAUCACCUUGCAACGCAAGCCAUCUACAGAAGAGGAAAUUGCAGGUCUUCUUCAUGAAACCAUCACCAUCUGCCGAAAGACAAGCAUGGCUGUAGACAUCAAAAAUUCGCUCGCCGUAUUCGAUGCAGUUGUGAUGAAUUCGGAUGUGCCCGACGCCAGCUUUCUUGAUCUCCUCGAAGUCCUCUGCAGCAUCCAUGCCUCUGUGAAGCCACUAUCUGGCCCGACUUCGCGAACAGUACGGAGUCUCGCCAAAUCCCGAAGACAGACUGAGAUGGUCAACAUGCUGCAUACCUUUUUGAAAGAUUCAUGCUCCGAAGAGCAAAAUCGGAACUUGACUGUCCUUCGGGGUGCAAUCAUGGUUUUCUGUGAUCUCGUGUGUGCAUUUGGUCAGGCUGGGAUGCCGGAAAUUCCUUUCGAUCAACUGAUCGACUCACUUGCAGCUAUUGCCCAGAAAAACGAUGGCAAAGUGGAUUCGGAUAUUUUGGACCUGUGUUUGAACAUUCUAGAAGGGUCCUUUGUUCACGAUGCGCUGGAACAAGACUGGACCAACUUCAUCAACCUCAUUGUACUCUGCUCGAGAAGGGUCUUUGAAGAACACGAAGAUUCACCUGUUUCCCCAGCCAGCCCACAGCCAGGUCUUGUGAAAUCUGGACACGAUGAAUCCAAGUCGAAUAUCCUUGCCAAUAUGAUCCGAAUUGCGUCUGCUCUAGAAGUUCUCUGGGAACAGCUCAAUGGGGAUCAAAAGCAGCAAGCCGUUCGUUUCUUGGCCAAAGGAUACCAGCACAUUGAGCCUUCCCAGGCUGAGCUAAUCAUCAACAUGAUAAGAAAGGAUGCCCUUUGCCAUCCUUCAGAUGACCCAGCAUGGGCCCAGCAUUGCCAAGAGCUGAUUGGACGUUUUAUUCAGUCUCGAACCCAGUCAUCCGAUAUUCGUAUACUGGCUCUCGAUACAUUGAAAGAAGCCCUUGCCGAUAACGAAAGGUUGCUAUUCUCAGACAAGCAUGGCCUCUUAGAUCUUAUUCUUCAAGAUUUCUCUGCAGAGACCGACCUCUUGUUUAUGGAAUCCCUGAUUUCCUUCAUCACGGAACCGGCUGUCCACUCUAGCAAUGAUGAUGUCUUCAGACGUCUCGUUGAAACCAUUUCCGCACCAAUGAAGAACGAUGCCCCGAAAGAUGAGCCUCAUCAAGCUGCACCCAUGUAUCCUUCACCUCGUCGAACCUCCGCUGCAUCUGGAAGCGUUCUAGAGCUUACAUUGGCGAAUGUGUGUGCUGUUGGCCUGGUCAAAAUGAUGUUGCGAACGUUGAACUCUUCUGCUACAAAGUCUGUCAUUAUUUUCGAGGCUUUGUUGCAGAUAGCUCAAUCUUCCGACAGGCCAACAGACUCGCGACUCACAGUGCUGAAGCUGCUGUUCCGCUUGCGGUGUGAUUCGGCAGGGUCUGUGACUGUGGUCUCGACGUCAGAAAACGACUUCCUGAUGAAUGUCCUGGGUCGCAAUGUCGAUGUGGGUUCCAAGUCCAACGAAAGCCCUCCCCGAGAUGUUCCUCAACAUGAAAACCUCCCGCCCUCCAUUGGCAAACUCCCGGGCAAAGAUCUUCCCGCGCCCAGUCCAUCCAAGUCCCUUCCUGGACGUGGCUCAAUCUCUGCCGCCCGAGCAUCCAAGCUGACGCCCCCGGUUUGGACGUACGCCCAGCCACAAGUCUUGCCAGAACAGCCGCCUGGGGAGUCGAGUCAUGUUGUCUUUGCUUAUGGACAAAGUGAUGCACAGAGUCCAUCGAGUGACACUUUUGCAUCGACGGGCAUAUUGAAAGUGAACAUGUGGCUUGAAAUUGUGAUUUCGCUUCUCCAGCGGGAGACCGAUUGGGAUAUUUACAGCUAUGUCCUCACACAUCUCGGCCCUCAGCUGGGAAACAAAGACUUUUUCACCAACUCUAUUCCGCAAAUCAAGCUCCUACGAAGCAUUCUAUGCGACCAAGUCAAGAACGAAACUUUCCACGAGCCCCCUGGGCUUACUGGUUUGAAGAAAAGCGACGUGGCCGCUUGUAUUUUCGAUGCGCUUUGCAUGCUGGUCAGCUAUCAUGAAUAUUUUGCGAAAAGCGAAGAAGAUGACCUUGUUCGGGCAUUCAUGCUGGGAAUCAUCGGCUCCUGGGGUGCAACAUCUCGUGGUUGUAUCCAGGCACUUUCUUUGUGCUGUCACGAAAUUCCACUCUCUGUGACUAAAUCGCUUACAAUCAUUCUUGACAAGAUGUCGAAGGUGAUCACGAUGUCGAAUAUCGCUGUCCAUAUCCUGGAGUUCUUGGCCCUCCUCGCACGACUUCCUGAUGUGUAUGUCAAUUUGCGCGAAGAAGAGAUCCGCACUGUCUUCGGUAUCUGCAUUCGAUUUCUGCAGACCUCCAGGGAACAAGAACUUCGUUCCAAAGCGUCAGAAUCUCCCGUUGUCCGAGCCACCGUUCCACCACAGUCGCGGCUCAGUGCUGGCUCUCGUGAAAUUGCUUCCGGUGCGGCUGAGGCCAUGGAAUCGACCUCUCAGGAUGCAAUGUCAAAAUAUGUUAUGACGCUGACUUACCAUGUUAUGAUAUUUUGGUUCUUGUCUCUGAAACUGCAGGAUCGGCCAAAACACGUGAACUGGAUUACCAGCCGACUUAUCUUCCCUGAUGAGCACGGGAAGGAGGUGGUUGAAGAACCAAGCCAGGUCUUCAUUGAUUUGAUGCAGCGAGUUGCAUUCUCGGAUUUGGGCGAGACGAUUCCAUUUGAAAAUUUCCCUCCCACCCCCGAAGAUGGCCCCGUUUCAAAGAAGUCCUGGGUUCUGGGCAUGAGUAUCGUUACUAUUGAAACAGCGGGAGUGUCCGGGUUGACGCAAAUCACCAAACGACAGGCAUCUGGUACAACCUAUUCCGUCUACCAGCAACGGACAGCACCAGUUCUUCCGCAUCAAGUGCCCCCAACUCCUGAUGCCCAUGUCCACCCCUCGGAUGCAAUGCGCACAGCUGUUCUUCCUAGUCACAUCAUGCUCCAAAUGACGACUACUGCCUUCCCAACUCCUACAGUCAUGCAGCCGAUUCCCGUUCCUGAAGACGAUAUCACCCGACGGGCCAUUGGCAGUUUUGAUCGCACCGACAUUGUGGAUGGACAUCGAAUCGGUGUCGUUUACAUUGACAACCACCAGACCAAAGAAGCCGAGAUUCUGGCUAACUCCGGUGGUUCUGCAGAUUAUGAACACUUCUUGUCUGAGCUGGGAACCAAGGUCUCCCUCCGGAAUCCCCAGUUCAACACCCAGGGAUUGUACGCCGAUACCGAUGGAGAGUCAACUUACGCAUGGCGUGACCGUGUGACUGAAAUUGUUUAUCACGUUGCGACAAUGAUGCCCACUGACUUCGAUCACGAUCCCCAGUGCAUCAACAAAAAGCGCAACAUUGGCAAUAACUUCGUCACUAUCGUAUUCAACCGGUCCAAUCUCCCAUUCAACUUCGAUACUAUCCCGUCAGAGUUCAACUUUAUCAAUAUUGUCAUCACCCCAUCCAGCCACAUUGCAUAUGAUGAGGUCAUGAGUAAACCAGGAUUCCCUGAAGUCUCACCUGCGGCCACGCCGAAGAUUAUCUCUGGCAAGAAUCUGGCGUCCUUCGUUCGGAUUCUUGCUCUUAAUGCCUCCGUCUUCUCCCUCGUCUGGAACCAUCAAGGCGGCGAGCACAUGUCCUCUUGGCGCACUCGUCUCCGCGAAAUAAAGAAAGUCCGCGAACGCGCAUUGGCCGCGCAGGCGCAGAGUGCCGAGGCCGCUGAAGGCGCAUACCCCGGCCAGCGCCGCAAUACCAAGGCCAACAUCUUCUCCGAGGAGUUGCCAACCCGAAGCGCACCGGCUAAGACAGACUCUGAGUCCGAAUGGACAGCAGCUUCUGAGACGAACGUCCUCCAAAAUUUGGAUUUCGCCCGCUGGGGCCGCUAG